UCUCAGUGGGUGUGAUUUGCCCUUUCUCAUAAACGUCACGUAUCAAAUUCUUUAUAAACCGAACACAGCCCAUUACUCGACCUAUUCCACCUCUGGUUCUUUCAUUGUACACUUUGCCGUCGUAUACGCAAAUCACAAUGAAGUUGGCCGUUUUCCUUGUCAUUGUUCUGCCACUGGCAAUGUCCGCGCCGAAUAAGGAAAGGGCUUUCUCACUCAACCCACUCCUUCAAAGCAUUAUGAAUAUAUUUCACGCAGAUGAGAUUAAGCUGCUAGUUACAGAUCUGAUUGAUCAGCUCGGUUCUGAUGCCAGGAAGUCACAAUGUAGCGAUGAAUGUAACAAGCUUGUAGACACCCAAGUCGCUGCAGGCACCGUCAACACCAUUACGCAUGCAGCUUGUCCUAUGGUGUGCACAUCGUUACAGGAGCUUGCUCACUUCAUGCAUAUUCCACACCCUUCUCCUAGCAGUGCUACAACCUAUUAGAAAGGCUGGUGAUGUAGACCUGAUAAAGUUUGUUUUAUCCUCUAAAAGAGAAAUAAAUAAACAGAUUACCUAAAUUAAA